CACUUUCUCAAGACCGAUCAGCGCCGCAGAUUGCGAUCACAGACAUGCGCUCGAAACGCACUCGAAAGGCCCCAGUGGCAGCUGAUGGAUCAUUGUUGGUUGCACCCAAGAGACGCAGGUAUUCUGCCAGAGCAUCUACCGAUCUAGAUUCCAAUCGACAAAGUGUUCUUUCGGAUGAGGACCUUUCAUCGGCUGAGGAAGAAGAUUUAGAGCAUACACCAAAAGGGAAGAGAGCGAAAGCAGCUCAGCAGAAUGGCGAUGAUGAGCUCGAUAUCGAAGCACAAGCUGGUCCCUCAAAUGCAUCAAGAAGGCCAUCUUCACCCAUCUUUGACGAGCCUGAAUUAGAGAUUGCUCCCUUACCAGCGCGGAAUAGACAAACGAAAAAAGCAGCUUUGGCGCCAAUCAAGGUCAACUCGCCACUGCAAGAACUACCAUCACAGGUCAAAGAGAAGUGUUUCACUAAAGCACGAGCAUAUAUGCUAUCCGUUCUAUCAGGACAGCUUCCACCGGCAGGCAAGGAUGAGAGAGGUAAAUUCGAUGGCAGCGAAUGUAUCGGACUAGAAGAACAAUGGAGAACCCUGCAUUCGACGAUUGGAGGAACAAUCAAAGGUGAAGGAAAUAGCGCUUUACUGGUUGGUACACCGGGAACAGGCAAACAUAUGCUGUUGGAAUCAGUCUUGCGAUCAUUCAAAAGCAAGCAGAAGGAACGAUCAUUUCAUGUCGUGCAUUUGGACGCAGCAAUGCAGCCUACGGAUAGACUGUCUCUUCGUGAGUUGGCACGACAGCUCAUUCAGGCAGGUGCGAUCAGAUUACCCAAAGAAGGAGAAGACGGAGGUCUUGAUCUAGAUCUGGAAGGAGAUGAUGGUCUUGAGGAAGAGGAGGAGGAGUUGGAAGAAAAUUUUGGCGCGGUAGGACCGGUAGAUGGCGCCAAUGGCACAGAGGCGACUGAGGAUGAGGAAGCGGCAGCCUUGCAGAAUGCAAUCUUGUCAUCACUAGCAAACACAACGAGCACAAUCUUGACAUUGCUGUCUUCUGAACAAGCAAAGAGCAAAUCAAGCCUUCCUCUCGUGAUCGUGCUCUCAUCGUUUGACCUGUAUACCACAAGACCGAGACAAGCGUUGCUGUACGUCCUCUUAGAUGCUGUCCAGGCUGGGUCCUACACACCAGGUCUAUGCGUUAUCGGUGCAACCUCUCGUCUUGAUACGACAGAUUUGUUGGAGAAGCGUGUUCGAAGCAGAUUCAGUGGGCGAAUCAUCAAUGUAUGGGCGAAUGAAAAGUGGCCGACUGUCAUGCAGCGUACAUUGACAUUGGGCCAGGUGAGCGUUCAGUCGAAAGAAGCAAUGCAAUUCAACAAGGCAGUGCAAGACGAACUGCAGUUGAUCGGAAAGGACGCCGAAGUGAACCAAUUGCUCAGCGCUUGGGAAAGUAUGGGCAAUGACAUUCGAAGUUUGUAUCGAGUCUUGUAUCCUAUUGUGGCAUCAACCUCUACUGCACAGCCUUCUCUUUAUGCUGCAUUGCUUGAAGAAGUACGUAAAGCGAAGGCACCUCGACAAACCAUGCUGGACGAAUUAACGACACCAGAAUUUGCGCUGUUGAUUGCUGCAAAGCAAUUGUUGAGCAAAGAUUGCGAGAUAUUCAAUUUUGCAAUGUGCUUUGAAGAGGUUCAACAGUUUGUUUCUCGUGUUGAACGAGAUCGGAUUGGUGCCGGUACGGCUGUUGUUGAUAUACGCAGAUACGAGAGCGAUCAAGCUUCGCCGAGCCGACGACAAGGGAUGGGCUCAGGUAGUUUGAGCGUUCAAUGGUGUGGAUUAUCAGAUCGCAAGAGGGUGAUGAUGGCAUUCCGAACGUUGUUGUCGUUAGAGCUCUUUCAGCCGGAGAGUAUUUUAAAUUCGCUAUCUUUGACGGCAUCCACAACAACCGCCGCCGCUGCUUCUGCUGCAAAGAAAGCAGCUCAAACUGCCAAGACGGAUUUCAUGAGAGUGAAGUGCACUUUGUUUCCACAAACGAUCGUUGAAGCAGCAAAGAGUAAGACGAGGGUUGAGCCAUUGGGCAUUCAUCUUGUGCAAUGGGCGAACAGUCAGUCGUAGGAUAGAAUAGCUUGUACUUUAUGGUUCAUUGUAUCAAUAUAUCAGCUUUUGCAGCAUCAACUAACC